AGUAUUUUAUUUUCGUAAACCACGUGACCCGACACGGAAGUGACGGGGUGCUCAAAAGAGUUAAGCAAAGCAUCUGGGAGCAAAACAGCAGCUAGCUAAAUUUCAUUUUACAGCAGAGGACCAGAGGACGGGACUAAAGGACGGUGAAAAGUGUAACCACAUCUGUGAGAAGACGACCACAAUGAAUCCAGUAUACAGCCCUGCACCAACAGGGGUCCCCUUCACCAACACUAAGGGUAUAGGCUAUCCAGCUGGAUUCCCUGUUGGCUAUGCAGCAGCUGCUCCAGCAUACACUCCCAAUGUCUACGCCGGAGCAAACCCAGCCUUCCCCAGUGGCUACGCUCCAGGAACUCCUUUCAAAAUGUCCUGCUCUCCCAACACAGGGACUGUCCCACCCUACUCCUCCUCACCAAACCCCUACCCUGCUGCUGUUUAUCCUGUCAGGAGCACCUAUGCCCAACAGAACCCCUAUGCACAGGCACUAAUACCGUCACAACAACAAGGCCCUUAUUACACGCAGCCACUGUAUGCUGCGCCGCCUCAUGUUAUCCAUCACACAACGGUGGUCCAGCCCAAUGGGAUGCCUGCAGCUAUGUAUGCCCCGCCCAUCCCCCCUCCCCGCCCCAACGGCGUUGCCAUGGGGAUGGUAGCUGGCACCACCAUGGCCAUGUCAGCUGGAACUUUGUUGACAACUCCAUCACCAGCGCCUGUUGCCCCCCACCAAGUCACGAUGCCCACAUAUCGGCCUCCUGGCACACCCAGCUACAGCUACGUGCCCCCACAGUGGUGAAGAGAGGGAAGCGUUACAAGAUGGUAGAUAUGCAUUCACACUCUACUCCAGUGUUUUUUGCUCUUGGUGAAGACCUGCCCUGGCGGUGUCCACAACCAGUUACUCUACUUCCAGCAUAAUGUGAAUCUAAAACCCAACUACAUAGAAAGAGGCCCAUUUGUAUAGGGAGGGGAUGAAUGAAACGCCCAUGACCCCUCUUCAUGGAAUAAGGCUGCAUUCCAUGCCACACCCCCAGCGCCAGCACCUCUACAACCUGCUGCAUAUCUCACAUCAAACUGCAAAGCCUCCAUGCAAACUUUUUGUGGACUGUCAUGCAGGUUUUUAUAGCUUAAACCCUUAAAGUGGUGAAAAAGGAGUUUGGAAUAGUUACAUUUUUUGUUUGUUCUGUUUUGUUUUUUUAAUUUGGGGGAUACAUAUGAUGUUGAAUGCAUGUGUAUAUAUAGAUAUAUGAAGUAAUGCUAGCUCAAUCUACCUGCUGUGACAGAUGCAAAUUCAACAAAAAGGCACACAUCCAAAGGAACUAAAAAAAAAAAAAGAAAAAACUAAUAAUCUGCAAUGCUGAAUCACCAGUGACCAUGUCUUAAAUGUGAAAGAAGUAAAGACAAGAAAUGUUUGUUCAUGCAAAAACAUACCUGCGUAAUCAGGCGCAGACCAAACUGUACUAUUUUCACUGCUUUGUGUUUAGGUAAGUGACGCUAGGUUUUUAUGGUUUCUUUCAGUGAUGCAGUGUUUGCAUUAUGUCUUACCUUUUUCGUAUUUUAUGAUAAAGAUGGGAUUUUUGAGUUUGUGCCUCUGACUGAUGGCCAUUCCAACACUUAUUCACUCUGUUUUCCUCUUCCUGCCCUGUUAAGCAUUUUAGAAAAAGUCUGAAGCAGCUCCUGCUUGGGUGAUAUUGAUGUUAAAAACUAUUCAGUAAUUUUUGCCAGAAGUGUUCUUGGUGGGAAACGAGUAAAGGAAGUUGUUGGAAACCAUUUGCACCCAUUUAAAGAGAGUGAAUGAUGAGGAACAGUGUUGUGUGUGAGUAAAUGGCCGCGUAUGAACGUGGAUUAAAAUAGAAACCAUUGAAAAUGGUGCCAUACAGUGCGACAUGCUUAGAAUUUUAGACCUACAUGUCACUAUAACCAAUUUGUUCUUAGGUAGGUCUGAAGCACUACAUCAGUAAAUCACUGCUAACUGUGGACAUGAUAGGAAAACAUAUUGUUAAACUCCAUUUGUGAAUAGCACUACUGAACGAAGGCACUAAUUCAAAACAGUUUGUGACGAUAUUGGACCUUUUGACAUUGCUCGCUGUUUUACCUCAAGGUUCCAGGCUAACCCACCAAUAUCACUGUUUCAGACAUGCUUUUCUAUGUUGCCUCAGUCACCUCAGUUAAAUGAUCUGUUUUGUAAAUGUUAUUUUUGUGAUUUUGGUUCCUGUUUUGUAUUCUAAAGAAAGACCAAAAAUAAAAACAAAUAUAAGAAUAA